CAGCUAGAGGUCUCCGGGGAGUAUCAAACUACCACGUCUGCAGCGGUGAGAGAGGGGAAGAGGAGAGGGGAUCAAAAUAAGACGACUGGAGGACAGAGAAGAGAGGACAGCGAGGAGUUAAGACUGCUGCAUGAAAACAAAGCCUGGCUGCAACAUCUGGAGCAAAGAGCAAACUGAAUUUGGAGAUAAAUUACGCACAGACAGCCUGCAGCUCCAGGGCCCCCUCUCCAGACUUCCUGCUUCCAGUAACCUCUGAUAAUUUGGUUAAAAACUCGAGAAGAAUGCACAGACUGGACAGAAUACCUCUCGUGGUUUAGGUAACUCAAGCAGUAAUAAGUUGCAAGAGAGACUUGCAAGAUCUUCUGGAAACUCUUGUUGUGCUUUUGUGCCAAGUCGAUCUGGGUUGCUCCGUUUUCCUUUUUACGGGAUACGUUUUUUCACAGACAAUGUUUUGACAAAUAGCAAAGUGAAGAUUACGCGAGCUGUCACUGGGAAAGGGUCGUCUGUUUUUGUGUUUUUUUUUUCUUUGGAGAGUCAAGUGAUGGCACCAACUCUCAGAUCGCUUGUCCUACUGCUGCUGCUGGCGGUGGUGUGGGAGCUGAGCGCACAGGGAGACACGGAGAGACACAUCAAUCCACAGUCAUGGCUGCAGCAGUACGGUUACCUGCCCCCGGGGGAUCUGAGGACCCACGCUCUCCGCUCCCCUCACUCCGUCUCCUCGGCCAUCGGCAACAUGCAGCGGUUCUACGGCCUCACCGUCACCGGCACCUUUGACCCCAAAACCAUUGAGGCCAUGCAGCGACCGCGCUGUGGCGUGCCAGAUAAGUUCGGUUCCGAGCUGAAGAGCAACCUGAGGAGGAAGCGAUACGCCAUCAAUAGCCUGAAGUGGCAAAAGAAUGAUAUCACUUUCUCUAUACAGAACUACACCCCUAAGGUGGGUGAGUACGAGACCCAUGACGCCAUCAGGAAGGCCUUCAAGGUGUGGGAGAGCGUCACCCCGCUUCGCUUCCGGGAAAUCCCCUACAGUUACAUACGGGACAAGGUGGAGGAGUUUGCCGACAUUAUGCUCUUCUUCAGCGAGGGUUUCCAUGGUGACAGCAGCCCGUUUGAUGGCGAGGGGGGCUUCCUGGCACACGCCUAUUUCCCCGGUGUCGGCCUCGGUGGGGACACCCACUUUGAUGCAGCCGAGCCAUGGACUAUUGGAAACUCGGAUCUGUAUGGUAAUGAUCUAUUCCUGGUUUCGGUCCAUGAACUGGGCCACGCUCUGGGUCUGGAGCACUCCAAUGAUCCUUCGGCCAUCAUGGCUCCCUUCUACCAGUGGAUGGACACCGAUAACUUCCUACUUCCUGACGACGACCGCAGAGGCAUACAGCAACUUUAUGGGUCUGGAUCAGGCCCUCCACCCCCCCCUGUAACUCCCCGUAACCCGGACCACAACCCCGAGCCCACAUAUGCACCCGACAAGCCUCACUUUGGCCCCAACAUCUGCGACGGACACUUCGACACCAUCGCCAUCCUCAGAGGAGAAAUGUUUGUGUUCAAGGACAAAUGGUUCUGGAGGGUACGCAACAACCAUGUUCUGGAUGGAUAUCCCAUGCCCAUUGGUCACUUUUGGAGGGGAUUGCCCACUCAUGUCACCGCCGCUUUUGAGAGUGAAAGUGGAAAAUUUGUUUUCUUUAAAGGGGACAAGUAUUGGGUGUUCACUGAAUCAGUUCUGGAUCAAGGUUACCCAAAGAGUCUAAAGGAAAUGGGCACCGGGCUUCCCAAAGAUCGGAUAGACGCUGCUCUCUUCUACACCCCCACUGGACAGACAUUUUACUUCAGAGCAAACAAAUAUUACCGUUUCAACGAAGAAUCACGAAGCGUUGAUGACGGCUAUCCAAAAGCUAUUAGUGUGUGGCAAGGAGUGCCUGACAACAUCAAGUCAGCCUUCAUGAGCAAAGAUCAAGCGUACACCUACUUCUACAAAGCCAACAAGUACUGGAAGUUCAACAACCAGAACUUGCGUGUGGAGCCGGGAUACCCCAAAUCAGCGCUUCGUGACUGGAUGGGUUGCCCCAACGAAGACCCCAAGACGGACGGAGGAAAAGGCGGAGGCGGACACGACAAGGACAAGGAGAGGGAGAAGGACAAGGAGCGGGAGGAUAAGGACAGAACUAGAGAUAGAGAGAGGGAAAGAGAGAGGGAGAGGGAGAGGGAGAGGGAGACGGAGACAGAGAGGGAGAAGGAGAAGGAGAAGGAACAGGAUACGGAGGUGAUCAUUAUUGAAGUGGAUGAGGAGGAAGGAGUAGCUGGUGGAAGUGGAGCGGCGGCGGUGGUGGUGCCGCUCUUCCUGUUAGUAUGUGUGAUCGCAACGCUGGCUGCCUUGGUGUUUUUCCGUCGGUACGGUACCCCACGCCGACUCCUCUACUGCCAACGAUCUUUACUGGACAAGGUGUAGACGGAGGAGGAGGGGAGGGAGAGAGGAGGGAAAGACGGGGAGAGAAAGACAAAAAAAAGUGGAAGGAAAUGUUGAACACAGAUAAAGAGAGCAGAAGAAGUAAAACUGGAGAAAGAGCAGAAGGAAAAGCACCAGACUUGCAUUUUUUUUUUUUAAACAUUCGUACCACUGCCAGAUUCCUUUUGCUCUAUCUCUCAACCACUCCAUCCGACCAUUUUUUUUCUCUCUCUCCCGUCUGUCUCUCCCACUCUCCUUGCGGUUACUGACGCCAGCUCAUUGCUGUUUGUUUUAGCUUUUUUCAAUGUCGUAUUUUUAGUUUUUUGUCAGUGGUCAGUGUUUGCGUCCUCGUGAAUUUCCGCUUUGAACCUGCAUCUCCAUGACGCCCAUGCUAAGCAUGUUCCUCCGAGUAAGCAAAGAGCGCGUUUGAUCGUUCGUUCAUCCCCCCCUUGUUAAGUUGCACACACAUUAGCACAAACAUUUGGAAACCACAGUGGCGUAGUCAUUGUGUUUCUUCCAGUAAAGUAAAACAUGUCAGGGCCAGAAUGGACCAUAAAAGGGAAACAAAAACAUUAGCUCAAGUCCUUAUGAAGCAUGAGAUAAUCGGAGUAAAGCAAAAAAUGUCUUUUCCUUUUUUUUAUAUCAAUGUCUUUAGUGCUGAUUAUUAUUAUGAAUGAUGUCAUUAUUAUUAUGACUAAUACUAUUAUUGUUGUUGUCCUACGUGUAAAGAAUGUGUUUUUGUACAUUGUCAUUAAAAAGUCCUGCUGGACAGUGACAUACAGUUUUGAAAGUGGCCUUAAUUUUAUAUGUGUGGGGACAGUGAAUGGGGAAGGGGGUUAUGUAUUCUUGAAAACUUGACUGUCAUUUUUUUUUUUUACCUUGAAUCCAUCUCAAAUGAAAAUAAAUUGACGAUCUGAAAAUGA